AUGAGGGGCAAGAGAAAGAAAGGGGGUGGUGCAUCGAGCGCGGUGAGAGAUUCUCAGAAGCGCGAGUCUAGCAGCAAGGUCGACAAGGGAGGAAAGCCGUUCCAGCAGCAGAAGCUAACGUUCGAUCUGGUGGAUUUGGACGAUCCGGUGAGCGCCAGUCAGGGCACGAGUUUCACCUCGACUCAAGCUUGGCGCAUUCCCAACCGCAACUCGCAUUCCGAAGCCGUCCCGCUACCCGGCACCUCGCCACGCACUGGCGACCCGAGCUGUGUCAGCGGUGACGUGCCACCUGGCGGCGGGGGCGUGUGCGGAAGCGACGCGGGGCUGUGGGUGGAGCGGUUCGCGCCCAAGUGGGAGGACGAGCUGGCCGUGCACCGCAAGAAGGUGCAGGAGGUGUCGCAGUGGUUCGACGCGCACUUCGGCCCGCCUGUCAUGCACAGGCCAGUGCAGCAGAGCAAGGGAAAAGGGAGCAAGCCCAAGGCGGCAGGAGCAGAGCACAAGGGCAGUGCCAGUGGAAAGGAGAGCUCAUGGCAGCAGCCCAGCAAGGUGCUUGCACUGGUGGGACCCCCGGGUUGUGGAAAGACGGCGCUGGUGCACGUGGUGGCAGCAGCACGGGGAGUGACGGUGCAGGACUGGCAGGCGCCCGUGCCGCUGCUGUGGGACGACCGCCGCCACAUCCGCUCCUCCCAGGCUGCUGCUGGCGUGGAGCACCAGGAGAAGCUCGCCAGCUUCUCCGACUUCAUCCGCUCCUCGCGCCUCUUCUCACCCCUCGCCCUCUCCACCACGCCCACUCGUACUUCCACCACCACUCCCGCACCCACUCUUGCCCCACCUGAAGCACCGCAACCUUCCGCUCGCUCCCCCCCACCCACCGCUUCUCCCACCUCCCGUCGCUUGCCCUCCACGAUGCCGCCCCCUUCUCGCCCCCCUUUGUCUGGCAAGCGGAAUAAGGCUUCAUUGUCUGUUUCAGCGGCAGAGAGGCAAACGAUAAGUCGUGGGAGGGGGGCUGUGCAGCGACCAGAGGGCGUGAGAGAGGGGCGGAGAGGGGAAAAGACGGGGCGCGAGAAAGCGAAAGCUGGUGGGACGAAGGGGAUGGAGGGGAAUAGUGAGGGUAGGAGGAGCAACAGUGUUGAGUCAUGGGAGUGUGAUGGGGAGAAGCGUGAUGGUGAUGAAGCUGAUGAGGAUGAUGGUGGUGACGAUGAGGAGUGGCUGCCAUUAUUCCGCGAAGCCAGUGAUGCUCAUGAUGAUGCUCAUGGUGCUCGAGGCAAGGCCAAGGAGAAGAAGCAGGUGGUAAGGCGUGGAAGCCAGGGCGGCAGCGCACUAGGUGCUGUGGUGAGCGGACGGCAUGUGGGGGCAUCUGCGGUCCCAUCGUCCCCUCUGCUGCCGCCGUCACCGCCAGCUCUACCAGCACCGCCAUCACCAUCCACCUCGCCCUCGCCCGCCGCUCCUCCACGCCAUGUGCUACUGAUCGACGACCUGCCAUUCGUGUCGGGGCGGCAGCGCUGUGACGCGCUGUGCCACGCCAUGCACUCGCUGGCUGCCGCCUCGCAUGUGCCGGCCGUGGUCGUGCUCUCCCUCCCCACCGCGUCCACCACCGCUGCCAGCUCCUCUGCUCCAGGCAGUGCACGUGGAGGGAUGCGAGGCGAGUGGAGGCAGGGGGAUGGGGUGCCCACACGGGAUGUGCUGGAUGCAUUGAUGAGCGGAGGGGCUCACAAGAGUUCCCCCAAAGCGCUCACUCGUCCCCCGCCACGUGCCUCGUCACCUUUUCCUUGUCUCUUCCAUUGCCUUCCCCUCCCUCCUCGUGCCCGUGCAUGCACCACGUGUGUGUGGGUGCCGUGUGGGCAUCAGGUGGAGUUCAACCCCAUAGCACCAGGCGCCAUGCACAAGGUGCUGGCAGCCGUGGCAGCGGCGGCAGGAUCUCCGCUUGCCGCCCCGGCUGUAGCGGCUGUGGCGGACAGCAGUGCAGGGGACCUCCGCCAUGCCAUCUCGCAGCUACAGCUGCUCUCCCUCUCCACCCGCCACUCCCCCAGCCACACGUGGGACCCUGGGGGUGCUGCUGCUGGGGGUGGGGGCGGCGGCGUGGGGAAGGGGGGUAGUGGGGGAGGUACAGAGCAGAAGGAGGAAGGGGGGAAAAGGAGGAAGAAGAGGAAAGUGCAGCCAGUGGCAGCAGGCGGGGGAGGCUCAAGUGAGGUGGUGGAUCUAACGUGUUGCGAGUCAAGUGGUGGAGGAGAGGCAGGGGGAGUAGAGAAAGGAGUGUUGUUGAGACGUGGGCGAGCUGAUGCUGGUACUGCUGGUACAGGGGGGAAGAGCGGAGGUUCAGGGGAUGCAGUGCUGGGCGCAGGUCGUGACGACCCGCUGUCUCUCUUCCACGCCGUGGGCAAGUUCCUUCACAAUAAGCGCCUCCCUGCAGGUGACUCACCCACCUGCCUGCUUCCCAUGCACCUGCACGCAGCACGCUUCCCUGCGCACCUGCACGCUUGUUCUGUGGCCUCUGCAAAACCCAUGGCAGAAGCGGGGCAGCGGAAAGAGCAUGAGUGGGUGGCGAAUCCACUUAGGUGGCAGCAGUGGGGGCAGCCCAGCUCGCAGCAGGUGAUCACAGGGGACAGUCAACAGUGCGCUCCUGGCCCUGAUGCACCUAUAGGCAAUGCUGGUGAUGGUGGCAUUGAAAGAAGUGGUGGCGAUGGGGUGAGUGGAGGCAGUGCAGUAGCAGUGCGGGAGGAGUUGCAGCGAGCAGCAGUGGACAUGGAGGCAGCAGAGGUGGUCAUUCAGCGCUCCCAGCUUGCCCCCAUGAAGCUCUGCUGCUACCUGCAUGAGAACAUGUUGGACAUGCUGCAUCCAAGUGACGGCUUGGAGGCUGCCGUGGGUGCAUCUGCUGCUCUCAGUGACGCUCUUACGCUCCUCUCCUCGUCCUCCUCCUCGCACCUCUCCUCGUGGUCUGGCGGCGGCAGCAUGGCAGCAGAUGGCAUGGGUGGCGGGGAUGAGGAUCUGUCACCUGCAGCAGUGCGAGCAGCAGCAGCAGCGUCCGUGGCAGCGAGGGGAGUCAUGUUCUGGAACACUCAGCCUGCUCCCAAGCGAAUGGCUACCGCCACUUUCGCCCCUGCCGUGUCUGCGAACCUCAGGCAGGGCUGCCCCUCGUCCGUGACAGCUAGGAGCACAUCACGUCUGUCCUCUUCAUUCCUCGCCGUGCCGCUGCGCCUCCAUGCCAGCGCUUCGCGAGCUGUCGUGGCAGCACCACACAGGAGACCAGAUGUGCGUGCUAGCUUCGGCGCACCGAGCUCCGGCGCACUGACGCCGGAGUUGAAGUCGGCACUAGAUAAGUUCAUUACCGAGAACAAAGUCAUUCUCUUCAUGAAGGGCAACAAGCAGUUUCCGCAGUGCGGCUUCUCUAACACCUGCGUUCAGAUCCUCAACACGCUGAACGUGCCGUUUGAGACGGUCAAUAUUCUUGAGGAUGACCGGCUACGACAGGGCAUGAAGGAAUACAGCAGCUGGCCUACUUUCCCCCAGCUAUACAUCGAUGGGGAGUUUUAUGGCGGUUGUGAUAUUACUAUCGAGGGUUUUCAAAGUGGGGAGCUGAAAGAGACCAUUGAGAAGGCUCUGCUAAGCUGA